GUUCUCACCCAUACCCACUUUCUCCUGCUGCCGUGUUACUGAGUUGGAGGGAAGCAACGCUAACACAAAGACGCUCAGUUGCUUGAUGCCCACUCCCGGGUUUUGCUGCCGCCUCCUAUCGCUAUCUGAACUGUAUGUAUGUCUAUUUGAGGAAGACGCUGCCACUCACAAACGUGCAGCUAGAACGAGGCCUGCAUUCGGAAUUGGAAACAUUUUUUAUCCUGACCGAAGGAGGAGAGAAGAAAUCUUUGUGUUCGUUUUCUUUCCGCAAGUGGAGCGAUAUUGUUGACUCAGGACAGGAAGCCUUGAAGAGACUUCUGUUUGUGAUUGCUAUCAAAUUCUUCCCUCAUCGCUGCACCAUGACUGUUUUGGCAGGCCUCACAGACAGAUUUUGAGGACGUCAAUAAACUCAAAAAACAUCCCCACUUCUCAUGUGGAUACGCUAUUGAAGCAGCUGAAGAUGGUUGGACCGGGAACAGUGCCCUGAGGAAUUCCUGUAGCAGUGUACUGGGGUUGAACUAAUUGGGCUUCAACAGCCACAACCAUCUUCCUUUAUGAAGGAAGGAAAACACCAAUCUCCAACCCAAACUGAAGGCAGAUAAUUAUAAGAAUUGCAUGAUUUAUCGACAGUGCAUUGGCACCUGCAUGACCAACAAGGAAAAGCCUCAUCUUCUGAUCUCUGUUCUGGGACAACAGCAGAAUGUACCUUGAGGGAAGGUCUCAGGAUAGAGCACAUUCCAUUGACUUUCAAACACGCAGACUCAGGGUCGUUAUGGCUGAAUUUUGCUUCACCCUGAGAUUCUGAGCGUACAGCAUUUCUAGUUUCAGACUGCACUUACUUGCAGCAGCUUGUAAGACAGUGAGAACGAGGCUGCCAACGGCUGCUGGUGCCAAGCUGUCGGAUGAUGCAUAAAAUCAGGCCACUGGUGGUGUUCCUGUGCUUCCUACUACUUGCUAAUGCUGAAGCACCACCAAAGUUUACAAGAACUCCCAUUGACCAGACGGGAGUCUCAGGAGGGGUUGCGUCAUUUAUCUGCCAAGCCUCAGGAGAACCGAGGCCCAAAAUUGUAUGGUCUAAAAAAGGAAAGAAAGUCAGCUCUCAGCGAUUUGAGGUGAUCGAGUUCGAUGAUGGAUCUGGGUCUGUUCUCAGAAUACAGCCAUUACGAACGCCACGAGAUGAGGCUAUUUAUGAAUGUGUAGCCUCCAACAGUGUUGGAGAAAUAAGUGCCACCACCAGGCUUACAGUGUUACGUGAGGAUCAGCUUCCUGUGGGUUAUCCCACCAUAGACAUGGGCCCUCAGUUGAAGGUGGUAGAACGAACACGCACAGCCACCAUGUUGUGCGCAGCUAGCGGUAACCCCGAUCCCGAAAUUACUUGGUUCAAAGACUUCUUACCUGUUGAUACAAGCACUAAUGGACGCAUCAAACAGCUACGGUCAGGUGGUACACCAAUACGAGGUGCCCUCCAAAUAGAGAACAGUGAGGAAUCUGACCAAGGAAAAUAUGAGUGUGUGGCAACCAACAGUGCUGGUACACGUUAUUCUGCUCCUGCCAAUCUAUAUGUGAGAGAGCUGCGAGAAGUUCGUCGUGUCCCACCAAGGUUUUCUAUUCCUCCAACAAGCCACGAGAUCAUGCCUGGUGGUAGUGUAAAUAUCACUUGUGUCGCUGUGGGAUCCCCAAUGCCUUAUGUGAAAUGGAUGCUUGGAGCAGAAGAUCUGACUCCUGAGGAUGACAUGCCAAUUGGACGAAAUGUCCUGGAGCUCAACAAUGUCAGAGAGUCUGCAAAUUAUACCUGUGUUGCCAUGUCAACGCUUGGAGUCAUAGAAGCAUUUUCUGAGGUCACAGUUAAAGCUUUGCCAAAACCCCCAGGCACCCCUGUUGUAACUGAAACUACAGCAACAAGUGUCACAUUGACUUGGGAUUCAGGAAAUCCAGAGCCUGUGGCACACUAUAUUGUACAACACAAGCCCAAGCAUUCAGAUGGACCAUUUCAAGAGAUUGAUGGGGUGGCUACAACACGAUACAGUGUUGGAGGACUAAGCCCUUACUCGGAUUAUGAGUUCAGAGUCAUUGCAGUGAAUAAUAUUGGGCAAGGGCCACCAAGUGAACCGGUAGAAACACGAACAGGUGAGCAGGCCCCUUCCAGCCCACCUCGCUCUGUGCAAGCCCGCAUGCUGAGCACUACUACCAUGUUAAUUCAAUGGGAAGAGCCAGAGGAGGCAAAUGGUCAAAUCCGUGGAUACAGAAUUUAUUACACUAUGGAUCCACAACAGCACAUUAACAACUGGCAGAAGCACAAUGUAGAUGACAGUAUGCUGACAACAAUUGCAAACCUGACUCCAGAGACUACUUAUACCAUCCGUGUGCUGGCUUUCACUUCUGUUGGGGAUGGACCACAUUCACCUGAAAUACAGGUUAAAACUCAACAAGGAGUUCCAAGUCAGCCAAAUAACUUCAAAGCAGAACCGAAAUCAGACACCAGUAUUAUGCUGUCAUGGAUACCACCACGACAAGACACUAUCAUCAGAUAUGAAUUGUAUUACAGGGAAGGAGAAUACGGAAAAGAGCAACUUGUCACAUUUGAACCAAAGACAACAUAUCUUUUAGAGGAUUUGAAACCAAACACUGUGUACUUCUUCCGACUUGCUGCUCGCUCUGAGCAUGGCCUUGGAGCUUCAACUGCACAGAUUUCAGCCCAAACCAUGGAGACCAAGCCAUCAGCCCCACCUCAGGAUAUCAAGUGCAUGAGCCCAAGCUCGACCAGCAUUUUGGUAAGUUGGCUGCCCCCACCAGCAGACAACCAGAACGGCAUCAUCACCAAAUACACCAUCAAAUAUACUGCCAAUGACCAAGAAGCCAGCUCGCCCAACGAGGUCUUGGAUAUUCCGCCAGAUACCAGGCAGUACUUACUGGAACAUUUGGAAAAAUGGACUGAGUACCGCAUCAUUAUGACUGCCCACACGGAUGUUGGACCAAGCCCAGAGAGCUCUCCCAUACUGAUUCGCACAGAUGAGGAUGUUCCUAGUGGUCCUCCUCGCAAAGUCGAGGUAGAGGCUUUGAACUCAACAGCUAUUAUAGUGUCAUGGCGCUCGCCUGUUCCAAAUAAACAGCACGGACAAAUACGUGGCUACCAGGUCCAUUUCGUGAGGAUGGAACAUGGAGAACCGAGAGGACAGCCCAUGCUCAAAGAUAUCAUGCUGGCAGAUGCGCAGUGGGAAAGUGAUGAAUCUGCUGAACAUGAGAUGAUCAUUUCUGGACUUCUGCCUGAAACGACAUACUCUGUCACUGUGACAGCUUAUACGACAAAAGGAGAUGGAGCUCGAAGCAGAGCCAAGCUUGUGGCAACCACUGGUGCAGUUCCUGGGAAACCAAGACUCCUUGUUAGUCAUACACAGAUGAAUACUGCUCUUAUUCAAUGGCAUCCUCCUAUAGAAACCUUCGGACCAAUUCUAGGUUAUCGUUUAAAAUUUGGGCGCAAAGACUCUGAAUUGUUGACAACGUUGGAAUUUUCAGAAAAGGAUGACCAUUAUACAGCUACUGACAUCCAUAAAGGCACCUCUUACGUCUUCAAACUCUCUUCAAAAAAUAAAGUUGGCUUUGGGGAGGAGAUUGUCAAAGAAAUCACAAUUCCAGAAGAAAGACCGAGUGGAUUUCCCCAAAACCCACGUGCUGAAAGCUCCACAGCUUCAAUGAUUCAUUUGAGUUGGCAGCCUCCGGUCUUGGCAGAAAGGAAUGGGUUAAUUACCAAGUAUAACAUUUUAUACAGAGAUAUUAACAGCCCAAACAAUCGGAUUGAGCUGUCUGUUGCAUCGCCCGAGACAAGUUUGAAGCUCACCAACCUAAAACCGGACACCACUUAUGAUAUCAAAGUGAGAGCUUAUACAAGUAAAGGUCCUGGUCCUUAUAGUCCUAGUGUUCAAUUCCGGACACUGCCACUGGAUCCAGCAGUGUUUGCAAAAAAUUUUCAUGUUAAAGCUGUAAUGAAGACAUCAGUUUUAUUAACGUGGGAGAUUCCAGAGAACUACAACACUGCCAUUCCUUUUAAAAUCAUCUACAAUAAUGACCAUAUUGAAGUGGAUGGAAGAGCUACACAGAAGCUAAUCACCAACUUAGACCCUGACACAUCGUAUUCAUUUGUUUUGACCAAUCGAGGAAACAGUGCCGGGGGCCUACAGCAAGUGGUCUCAGCGCACACCGCUCCUGACCUACUCCGCACCAAGCCAGUCCUGAUUGAGAAAACCAAUUCUGAUGGAAUGCUGACUGUUGAGCUGUCAGCAGUGCCAACGCCACCAGCCCCAGUGAAAGGGUACUAUAUAAUUGUUGUGCCUUUGAAGAAAUCCCGUGGGAAGUUUAUCAAGCCUUGGGACAGUCCUGAUGAAAUGGAUUUGGAGGAGUUACUGAGAGAAAUUAGCAGAAAACGAAGAAGUAUCCGUCUAAGGAGGCAAGCAGAUGCCUUGAAGCCAUACAUUGCUGCCCACUUUGAGGUCCUGCCCAAUGAAUUUACCCUUGGUGAUCAGCUGUUUUACAACGGAUUUGAAAAUAAGCGCCUCCAAAGCGGCCAAGAAUACGUUUUCUUUAUUUUAGCGGUACUUGACAGCCCUGAAUCUAUGAUGUAUGCAACAAGUCCAUACUCUGAUCCUGUACUGUCAGCAGACCUUGAACCUCAGCCCAUUAAAGAUGAAGAAGAAGGAUUGAUAUGGGUAGUUGGCCCUGUAUUAGCUGUUGUGUUCAUCAUAUGCAUUGUCAUUGCUAUCCUCCUGUAUAAAAGCAAACCGGACAGGAAAAGGACAGAAUCUGACUCGCGAAAAAGCAGCAUUCCGAACAGCAAAGAAUUACCUUCCCAUCAUCCCACAGACCCAGUAGAACUAAGACGUCUCAAUUUUCAGACUCCAGGUUCAGGUGUCUCCAGUUACCAUGGUAACCUCCAUUCGACAAGCAUGGCCAAUCAUCCACCAAUCCCUAUCUCUGAGCUUGCGGAUCACAUUGAGCGGUUGAAAGCUAAUGACAACUUGAAGUUCUCACAGGAGUAUGAGUCAAUUGAUCCUGGCCAGCAGUUUACAUGGGAACAUUCAAACAUGGAAGUCAACAAACCAAAGAAUAGAUAUGCAAACGUAAUUGCAUAUGACCAUUCACGGGUUCUCCUAUCUGCAAUUGAUGGCAUACCAGGAAGUGAUUACUCCAAUUCCAAUUAUAUUGAUGGCUAUAGAAAACAGAAUGCCUACAUUGCAACACAGGGUCCUCUGCCUGAGACAUUUGGAGAUUUUUGGAGGAUGAUUUGGGAGCAGCGAAGUGCAAUUGUUGUGAUGAUGACUAAACUAGAAGAAAGAUCGAGGGUAAAAUGUGACCAGUAUUGGCCUUCACGAGGAACCGAAACAUUUGGAUUAAUCCAAGUUACCCUACAGGAUACAGUUGAACUGGCAACUUACUGUGUUAGAACGUUAACAUUAGACAAGAUUGGCUCCAGUGAAAAGAGGGAAGUACGACAAUUCCAGUUCACAGCGUGGCCUGAUCAUGGGGUUCCAGAACACCCAACACCAUUCCUGGCCUUCCUGCGGCGAGUAAAAGCCUGCAACCCUCCAGAUGCUGGGCCAAUGGUUGUACAUUGUAGUGCUGGAGUUGGAAGGACUGGUUGUUUCAUUGUAAUAGAUGCCAUGUUGGAGAGAAUAAAGCAUGAGAAAACUGUAGAUAUUUAUGGUCAUGUAACACUAAUGAGAUCACAGAGGAAUUACAUGGUUCAGACUGAGGACCAAUAUAUCUUUAUUCAUGAUGCACUGCUUGAAGCAGUGACUUGUGGAAAUACCGAAGUGCCAGCCAGGAACUUGUACGCAUAUAUCCAGAAGCUGACACAAGUGGAGCCAGGAGAAAAUGUCACAGGAAUGGAACUGGAAUUCAAGCGUCUUGCCAACACGAAAGCCCACACAUCAAGAUUCAUUAGUGCCAACCUUCCAUGUAAUAAAUUCAAGAAUCGCCUUGUUAAUAUUAUGCCAUAUGAAUCCACGAGAGUAUGUCUACAACCCAUCAGAGGAGUUGAGGGCUCAGACUAUAUUAAUGCCAGUUUUAUUGAUGGUUAUAGACAGCAGAAAGCAUAUAUAGCCACACAGGGACCCUUAGCAGAGACAACAGAAGAUUUCUGGAGAAUGCUUUGGGAGCACAACUCUACAAUUGUGGUUAUGUUGACCAAACUACGAGAAAUGGGCAGAGAGAAAUGUCACCAAUAUUGGCCUGCGGAGCGAUCAGCUAGGUAUCAGUAUUUUGUAGUAGAUCCCAUGGCAGAGUACAACAUGCCACAGUACAUUCUCAGAGAGUUCAAAGUCACAGAUGCUAGGGAUGGUCAGUCACGCACAGUAAGGCAGUUCCAGUUUACUGACUGGCCAGAGCAAGGAGUGCCAAAGUCUGGCGAAGGUUUUAUUGAUUUCAUAGGCCAAGUGCACAAGACAAAAGAGCAAUUUGGGCAGGACGGACCCAUCAGCGUUCACUGCAGUGCUGGUGUUGGGAGGACUGGUGUUUUCAUAACACUAAGUAUUGUGUUGGAAAGAAUGAGGUAUGAGGGAGUUGUGGAUAUCUUUCAGACUGUCAAGAUGCUAAGAACACAGCGGCCAGCUAUGGUGCAGACAGAGGAUCAGUAUCAAUUCUGUUAUCGAGCUGCACUGGAGUACCUUGGAAGCUUCGAUCACUAUGCAACAUAAAACCUGAUCCACCGUGGAUUUACAGUAGGCUGUCUAAGAUCCAGAAAGCCUCUUCUGAGCCAUACAAUGUGCUUGAGAAGUACUACUUACUCCUAGCUCAAGAUAAAUUAGUUGGGACGGGGGGGGCGGGGAAUUAAAAAAAAUUAUUCCAGGUGGACCAAGAAUUGGCAGUUUAAUAACCUAAUUGAAAUGAAGAGGAGAAUCCUUUCUGAUGUGACAUCAAAAGGAUUUUUCACAUAACUCAAGCAUUCAACUUUGACUGAAGUGAGAAUAAAAACCUGUUCUGGAAGACAAUGAUUGUGUAAGGGAUUACCACAGAACUGUGAAAGAUGGAUUGCAAAGCUGAAUCUUGAGUACUGUACCUACAAAAGAAUGAAAAAUGUUAUGAAAAGGCCAGUUCCUGAUUUGAGAAACUAGUUGGACAUGUUUGCUUCAACAUCACCCCUUACCACCAUUUGCUCAUACUGAUUAUUAAGAGGGAGGGAAUGUUGAAAUUACUGAUUUAGUUUUUUAGUACUGUAAUAUACUGCUGCCCUGUGCUUCAUUUUUAACUGUGUAAACUUCUUUCCCUUUUUUUAACAAAAGUUUAUCAUUCAAUGAAGUGAAUUUAAGAAGUUGCUUAUUUGUUCAUAUUUUUUUCCAGACUGUAGUUUUUUUUUAAGCUGUAGAAAUUAUGUAUGUAUCUGGCUGUAGAAAUGGACAUAAUUUGAAUUUUUCAAUGCACAUUUUUGUGCAGCCCUUUUUAUUUAUCUUAUCCCGUAAUGGUCUGAUUGAGUUUUUCAUUUCAGUGGGAGUUACCCGUAGCAGUCAGAGAACAAAUAAAUCAACAAAAUAACAAAGUUAAGUAAAAACAAGGGCCUUUAAGGAAUCAACAGGGAGGCGCAAAGUAUAAAGCUGCUGCUACUGAAUUCCUCAGAUCUUCCGUAUCAAGAAUUUUAAGAUGUGGUUGAAAUGCUUGCCAAAUAUGUUACUAGCAACCUCCAUCUGAAUAAUAAUUAGUUAUCUAGGUUUUCCGUCAUGAGGUGGUGAGAAGUCAGUGUUUACUGGAGUGCACAUCAAUGAAUUCAGUAACUCAUGUUAAUAGGUUCUUAUGGUGUCCUGAAACACAUUCUUCCAUGUGCGCAAUAAAAUGCAUAAUAUGUAUAAAAAAAGUCUGAAACAUCUUAGUGUGGGAAGUGUUUAUUUUGUUUCUAUGCUUUAUAUACAAACGUGCUACGUCUGACAUUAAAUACAAAUACAUGAAAUGAUCACAGGGUAGAAAUAAAGCCGGGUUAAAUUCAAUGUUUACUUUCUUUAAGAGGAAGGAAAUUUAGGGUGGGGUCUAGAUUGGAAGAUCAGUUUAAUUGAAGAUAUUCCAUAGUUUCUGUAAGAAUAUGAGUUCCAUUUUGCUGUUGACUACGGUUUAAUUUUCCAGACAAUAUGCAAAGUCACUUGAGUAACAUUGCUAAUCAGAUGUUUGAGUGAAUUUUAUGCAAAGGGAAAGUGUUACUCCAAAGCUGGGAAAAUAUUACAAUUUGGAAUGAAGAAUUAUCAACCUGUAGGACGUAACUAAGGGGCUUCAGAAUGACUGAAACUGCAUAUCCUUAAUGUUUACUGUAGGUACCAGUCCAGAACAUGCAGUGACAGAGUGCCCUGGCAAUAAAAGGAAGCCUGACUUAAGCAGCUCCAAACAACUUCAACAUGAUGCUUAUAUUAGAAAUAGAAUAUGCUCAGACUAAACAGGGGAGUGUUAAAAAUCGCACUCCUGAGAUUAUCUUUCCCUUUGUUACUUCAAACUAUUUUAUGUCCAUUUUUCAUUUUUUUUAAAAAUUUCUUAACUGAUGCACUUGGGUGUAUUCCAUUUCUUUCAUUAUGAUCAUCAUUUAUCAAUAAAUGUAUAUGUAACAGAUGGCCAUAUUAAUUGCAUAGUAGAGGUGAAUUAUGUACAAAUAGAAGUGAUGGUGUAGUGAAUAAGCCAUUGGGUGAGUAAUCCAGAGUCCCACACUAUUGUUUUGGGGAUAUGCACUUGAAUCCAACCUUGUCUACUGGUCAAAUUUGAAUUCAGUAAAAAUCUGAAACUGAAAGCUAACCUAGUUUUGAGCAUGUAACCACUGUUGUAAAUGCUCAUCUGGUUCCAAUCCCUGAUAUCUUUGAGGGAAGAAAAUAUGCCAUCCUUAUCUGACCUGGUCUAACCUUCAUCGACUAAAGGCCCACACUAAUGUGAUUGAUUUUUAACUGCCCGCCAAAAUAAUCCUGGCAAGCCAUUCAUUUCAAGGCAAUUAGGGAUGGACAACAAAUACUGGUCUUGUUCACAAUGCCCUUAUCCUGUGAAUGAAAUAAAAAAGUGAGUAAAUGAUCAGCAUCAGGGAGACUACUGUCAGAUAAUGUACCCCAGCUGUUUCAUCUGAACAUUGGACAUAAACAAUUUUUAAUGAAUAUAUCCUUGAUACAGCAACUUUUGGAAACCGUGAUGCAGGACAAUUAGUCCUGUUAACUUGUGCUGCAGGGUAUAUGCAGUUACAGCAGUAGUAAAGUAGACAAUGAGUUGGAAGAAUAUCAAGACUUCAGUUUGGAGAAUAGCCAGUCUAUGAGGCCAGUCAUCCUUUUCUUAAGUUUUAAUUUUUUUUGCGUGACCUUCAACUGUCAAAAACUGUAUUGGAAAUCAUGCAAAAGCACUUUUUUCUCAAAUAAGAAUGCUGACAGAAGGCUACCUCAGAAUAGAGUUGGAGCUACAAGACUUGAUAUCAUCUUGUUGCAUCUCUUCAUAUGAUGUUAUAUUAACAAUCCAUUUGUUCCUAUAAAAGGCCCGAAACGUCAGCUUUUGUGCUCCUGAGAUGCUGCUUGGCCUGCUGUGUUCAUCCAGCCUCACAUUGUAUUACCCUCAUUGAGAACUGCCAGCUUCACCUCAAUCAGUGUUGUGGCCAAUUGCUGACGUUACCAAGUAUAACUGUUCAUAUCUCCAUUCAGUUAAUAGUUGUUCUUUAAAAGUAAGGUACCUGUUUUGUACCAAGAGCUAUUUGUCAGACCUUUCAAACUUGCUGACUGAGAAAAUUUCCCUUUGAGGUUCUAUUCGGAAUGUAUUUCUUUUUGCCCAGCGCUAAUAAAGAAAAUGUUGAAAUAUUUAAAAUGGAAAUCAAAUUGUAGGUGCCAGAGGAAUCUACAAUAAAAGGAGUAAGCUGUCAAGAA